AGCCGUAGAGGUUUGCGCGAGAGCUGUCCAGCUUGCUUCCUGAAAAUGGCGAGCUGGGGAAGAGUCGCCGCUACCUUGAGGAAUGUUUUAAGGAGCCCUGUGUCGCUGAGAAGUUUAGCGCUGCGCCGUGCUGUCGGCCCCGGUGUUUUGGCGUCUUUAGUCGGAACUGGGGUUAUCUGUUAUUACCGCUAUCAUGCGAACAACAGGACUCUGCCCUUCGCCGUUCAUGCUGAGGGAGAAAAAGACACCGCAGCUGCCCCGCAGUGUCCCAGAAAGCUCCGUUUCAUCCAGUUCGCAUCAGCGAUCUACGAAGACGAGCCCUACAUGACCCCGAGAGACUUCCUGUUCUCUGUGAUGCUGGACAACGUUGACCGGAAGCUGCAAAAGAGAAUUUUAACAACACAGGAAGUUAACAAAAUGUUGGUUGCUGCCUCUAAAGCUCGGGCUGGUAAUGAACUGUUCAGAAGCUUAGGAGACCAUGGUUUGAUAUCCUACACAGAGUAUCUGUUCCUGCUGACUAUCCUGACCAAGCCUCUUACAGGAUUUCAUAUAGCUUUCAAAAUGCUUGAUGUUGACGGCAAUGAGCAAGUGGACAAAAAGGAAUUUCUGAAGCUGAAGAAAAUCAUUGGGAAAAAUAAAGUUCCUAUGGACAGCGCAGAGAAACUAGCAGAAGAAGGGGAAAGUGCAAACACAACACUGCAGGCCUACUUCUUUGGGAAGAAAGGAGAAAACAAGUUGCAGUAUCAGGAGUUCUGCAGGUUCAUGGAGGACCUGCAGGCUGAAGUCCAGGAGAUGGAGUUCCUGCAGUUCUCCAAAGGUAUGGACACAAUGCGAAGAGAAGACUUUGCAGAGUGGCUGCUGCACUACACCAACGAAGAAUACAACGAAGCCUACUGGGAGAACAUGAGGAAGAAAAUCCCUGCUGGCCAGAGUAUCACAUUUGAUGAGUUCAAAGUCUUCUGUCUCUUCACCAACAAUCUGGAGGAUUUUUCCUUUUCAAUGAAACUGGUCACUGGAGCCAACCGUCCUGUCGGAAUGGCCCAGUUCAAGCGAGCCGUGAGGAUCGCCACAGGCCAUGACUUGUCUGAGAACGUGCUGGAUACUGUAUUUAAACUCUUUGAUACGGAUGGAGACAACUGCCUGAGCCAUAAGGAAUUCAUUGGUGUGAUGAAAGACAGAGUACUGCGAGGUCUGAGGGUGCAGCCUCAGAACAGCUUCUCUGGCUACUGGAAAUGUGUGAAGAGAGAGACCCUGAAGGGAGCCAAGGAGGCCCUAGGGGACGUCAGGAGCCCCAUCUGAACCGAGAUUUCUUCCACUUCCACUUGGGUACCCUAAUCAAAAAGUGGUGCGAACAUGAAUAGAAACAUAACCACAAAGGAACUACACCACUAUCUUGUGUACAAAUUAUGUUUACAGAUCAACAAUAUAUAUUGUCUGAUAUUAGCUAAAGAACUCUGGUUGCGGUGUUUACAAUAUAUAUAUAUUUUUUAAUUGUUUGGUGCAGUGUGCCGACCUUUGUGCUUAAUCAGUCAUGCAUUUUAUAUUCAUUAUGGAUGAUCACUUUGAUUCUGCACUCAACACAAGCAGUGAAUUUGGAAAACUAGGUAACUUUACUUAAAGGGAUAGAUGCUAACUCUGUGCUACUGAAAUGUUUUCAAGGGCUUAUGCGAUAGCCGGUGUGGGUAUUUCACCUUUUUUGUAAAAAAUAUUUAUCACAUUUUAUAAAAAUGUUUCAACAAUGUGCUGCACAUUUGAGCUUCAAAAAAAAUAAACCAGCUAUAACUAAUAA